AAAUACAUCAGCUUACCUACCUACCUACCUACUUACCUACUUAUCAUUGUACUACUUAAACGGAUUUAAAAUGUGAUAUAUAUUCUUAUGUCGUUUAUCAUUGUGAACUAAUUCUAAUGAAUUAUUUGGGUCGUUUAAUUUCAAGUGCUCAUCAAUAUUAUAAAAAUAUCAAUGUAGCUAAUUUAACUGGUGCUAUUGAUGUGAUUGUUGUAAAAAAUAAAAAUGGUGAAUAUCAAAGUACACCAUUUUAUGUAAGAUUUGGAAAAAUGGGAGUGUUAUAUCCACAAUCACAUGUGGUUGAUGUAUGUAUUAAUGGACAGCCAAGACCAGAUAUAUGCAUGCAUGUUGAACCGACAGGUUAUGCUUAUUUCGAUAAUGAGGAAUGUAAACUUAAAACGGAAGAUAAAGAAGUGUUACUUAGAAGCAAUGAAGAAUUACAAACUUGGACACAAAAUGAGAAUGAUCAUAUUGAUUGUGUUACAAAUGAAUCAAAUACUGAACAAUUGGAAAAUGUUUUUGAAAUAGAUAUUCAAGUUAUUCCGAAUGGUGACAAUUCAAAACCCAUAAAUAACUCGUCUGAAUUCCAGUCAAAAUCCACAGACGUUAUUCCAACUAUUGACAAAGGAAGUUCAUCAAAUAAUAUUGAAGAACUGGAUAAAGAAAAUACAGAAAAGGUCACCCUAAAAGAUUUAAUUCAAUAUCUUCAAGAUACAAAUCAUUGGCCAAAUGAAUUCUAUAUUUAUCGUCUUCUAAAUAAAUCUAAUCCUAUUAAUAAUCAAUUAAAUAAAGAUAAAUUGGACAAUAAAACUACACAAUUAAACAUGUAUCCAAGUAAUGCAUUCAAUAAUGUACAAAAAAAUCAAUCAACACGUUCUAAAUUUUUCCGUAAAAAAUCAUCUAUCAAUUGUGAAUUAUUAUAUCCGGAAGAUUUUCUUAAAUUAGAUACUGAUAAAAUAUCAUUCAAUUCUAUAUGGAUUGUAUGGUCUGAUAAAUGUAUGUUAGCUGAAACAGCUGCUUUAAUAUUAUUGAAACAUUUAUCACAGACUGAAAAAAAUAUUCGGUUAGAAAAAGAUGCUUUACAUCCAGCAUAUAAUAUUAUACUUCAACAACAUAAACGCGAUCGUGGCUCAGAAUUCCCAUUGAUGAAUUCAUCAUUUAAUGAAACAACUGAUGAUUAUGAGACAGAAAUACAAACUAAUCAAUCGAAUACAAUCAACUCUAGUAGUUCUAGUAGUUGGCUAUGGUGGAGAAAACGAAAACAAACUAAUCCAAGUGAUAUUAGUUCAGAUUCUGGUUCACAAGAUUUAACUUAUCAAGAUUUAUCACAUCAACAUUCUUCUGUACAAUCAAUGCUAGCUCCAAUUGAUCUUGGUAUAUCAAGUCCAGUUUUAAUUCAAGAAGAAUUUGAUCAAGAGAAUUAUGGACGUCCUUACAAUCUGCCUAAAAGUGAAUUGUUAAAUGCACCAACUACUGCUAAAAUUCCUUUACAUUCUUCAGCAAUCGAUGUAAGAUGUAGUAAAACACCAGAUCCUUCACAGACAUCAUCUCCUGAAGAGGCAGGAUAUUUCUCGGAUGAUAAUCAAAGUAAUAAUGCUUAUCAUAAAAAAACAACUGCUAAUAUUGAGUCGAGGAGUUCAAUUCAACAAGCAAAUCGUUUAACAUCUCAACAGCUUAAAAGCCUUAAUUUACACAAAGGUGCAAAUGAAGCGGUUUUUUCUGUUGUCAGUAAAUAUCAAGGUACUUGUCAAUGUGCUUGUUUUAUAUAUCUAUGGGAUUGGUCUGAUAAAAUUGUAAUAUCAGAUAUUGAUGGAACAAUAACAAAAUCAGAUUGGUUAGGACAAUUGAUGCCAUUGGUUGGAAUGGAUUGGACUCAUCAUAAUAUAGCUCAAUUAUACAAUAAAAUAGCUAAUAAUGGAUAUAAAUUUAUUUAUUUAUCUUCUCGUCCUAUUGGUCAGGCUAGAGCAACAAGGAAGUUUCUUUAUACCAUUCAACAAGAUAAUUAUCGUCUACCAGAUGGUCCAAUACUUUUAUCACCAUUUUCUGUUCUGGAAGCAUUCCGCAAAGAAGUAAUUGCAAAACGAGCAGAUGAAUAUAAAAUUGAAUGUCUUCGUGAAGUAUGCAAUUUAUUUAUUGGUGAUAAACUUAAUCAUCAAAAUGAAGAUGAAGAAGAUAGUAUUCCAUUUAUGGCUGGAUUCGGAAAUCGACCAACAGAUAUAGCAACUUAUAAAGCAAUUGGUUUACAUGAUCAUCAAAUAUAUACAGUUGAUUAUUUAGUCCUACAGGAGGUCAGUCGCGGCUCGGAUAGCUCAGUGGUAACGUCUCUGAUUGUGAAGCUGGGUGACACGGGAUCGAAUCCGCCAGGGAGUACCAGUUCCCUCAACAUUACAGGUACACCUUGCUGACCAGUGCCAAGUAACAUGAAACCUGGGUUCAGGGUUUCCUAUCGACUACCUCCAACCACCAUCUAACGUACUGAUUUGUUUAUUUAGGUGAAUGAAUUUUUUAUUGAUGAUUACCACCGGGUGACUUUCUUCUUUUCUUGAUAUGAAUUUUAGAGUAUAUAUAUAUAUAGACCAUAUUUGAGAUGUUUACAGGGUUAAUAAGAGAAAAAAGGAAUGAAAAUAGCUGUUAUGUGGGAUUUAGAAUUAUUGUUAAUCUUCAAAACAGAUGAAUCCGAUGUUUGAUAGGUCAUUUUGAGGAUAGGAAGCUUGAAAGUUUACUAUUCACCUGUAACACUAGUAAUAGGUGGUUAUGUAUUAUGAUGGACUGACUGUAAUUAUAGGAGCAGUGGUGUGCGAGAUAACCCGAGUACUGAUUAUUCCACCUAGAUUGGGCCUAUAUAGGAUCAAUGAUCUUCGAUCAGUCAAUCAUUAAAUAACAGUGAAACAAAAGCCAAGAUCAAUCCUUAACAUCUUUUGAUCCAGAAUGCAGUUCUCUCAUGUUUGCUUAUCGGGUAGCCAGAUUAGAACUCUAAAAAAGCAAGUAGAUAGCUUUUAUUUGUACAGAUCAAUUUUAUGACUCAACUCACAAUAAUACAGAGUAAACUGUUGACCAUACACUAAUAUAAAUAUAAAUUACAAUAUAUUCAUAACUACACGUAUAAGUGAAAGAAACAGUUCCAUCCGUAAUUAGGAAUAACUUGAG